GGGUGAAGCAAAAUCUUUGGCUUCAAGUUUUCGAAAGGGAUCCUAUGCAAGGAAACCAGAUUUCUGUCUCCUUUCAAGAGUAGCUGGAACUAUCCAAGAAAUUUUAUAUGAGGAGACAUCCUCUCCUUUUAUCAAUCUUCCAAACAAGAUCCCUGAUGAUCUAUACAAACUGUUCCAGUUUGGACAUGAUUCAGAAGUUAUGAUGACUACUGAAUUAAUUUCAGAGAAUAUUCAAUACUUACCAAACUAUGAGGAAUUGUGGAGAAGGCUAUGUGAUGUUGAGCUAUUUCUCCUUCAAGCUUAUGAAAAUUCUCUAGAAGAAAUAGUUGUCAUUUUUAAAAAAUAUGAUAAUGAUCAAAGAAAUGCUAAUCCAGAAUACAAAACAAUAUUGCCCGACUUCCUAACACUAUCUUCCAACGAAGGUAAUACUAUAGCUGAUAGUGACUCAUCUAAUACUAUAGGCAACAUUGACACCAAUACAAUCGUAGUAGAUGAUGAUG